AGUUUAAUUAAAUUAUUAACACCAAUUGCAGCACACAGAUACACGGCCGAGAGAAACGGUGUACAUUUCAAGGUCGCCAGGCAGUGGCACUCCACAAAACGAUGAUCAAGGGUCAGGGGAGAUAUUCUUUGCAUUGUGCCCGCCGGUACACCGCGGCCUUGAUAAGGCAACAGCACCGGUCAUUCCAAACACAACAGACGAAAGAUCGACGACGGCGAGUGGUCAUCACGGGCCUCGGUGUCGUAUCUCCAGUGGGCUGUAACGUAACCACGGCUUGGCAAACGAUCCUGUCCGGCCAAUCCAAGGUAGGCCGCCUGAUCGGAGAUGCGUACGAAAAGCUGCCCUGUCGUGUGGCGGCCACGAUCGAUAAGCAGGAUAUUGAUCUCGAACAGAGCUUCACGAAAAGCGAACUAAAGACGAUGGCCCGUGGUACGGCAUUUGCGCUGCUAGCUGCCAAGGAAGCAUUAACGGCUGCCUCCUGGACUCCGUCCACCGAGGAUGAGAGUGCGUGUCAGCGGACGGGCGUAGCCGUCGGGAUGGGGAUGGUGGAUUUGCAGGACAUCUGUGAUACCAACGAAGCGCUGAAGAAAGGCUACAACCGGGUGAGUCCCUUCUUCGUGCCCCGAAUUCUACCAAACAUGCCAGCUGGACAGUUGAGUAUAAAAUAUGGUUUCCGCGGUCCGAAUCACGCCGUAUCGACGGCCUGCGCCACUGGAGCCCAUUCGAUCGGGGACGCUUUCCGGUUCAUCCGCAACGGUGAUGCAGACGUGAUGGUUUGUGGUGGAGCCGAGGCCUGCAUCAAUCCACUGGCCAUUGCCGGGUUCUGCCGAUUGCGUGCCCUCAGUACAGCGUUCAAUGAAGAUCCAACCGCUUCCUCGAGACCGUUCGAUGAGCAUCGCGAUGGGUUUGUGAUGGGCGAGGGUUCCGCUAUCUUUGUCUUGGAGGAACUGGAGCAUGCACGAAACCGCGGAGUACCGAUACAGGGUGAAAUACUUGGCUAUGGAUUGUCUGGUGAUGCAUCGCACUUGACGGCACCGAGGGAUGACGGAACCGGGGCAAUGCUUGCGAUGACACGUGCACUAAACGAUGCCAAUUUGACGACCGCCGAGGUGGGCUACAUCAACGCGCACGCCACAUCCACGCCCAUCGGAGAUGCCAUCGAAGCCCGUUCGAUUCGGACCUUAUUCGGUGAUCAUACGGAUAAAGUAGCAGUUUCCUCGACAAAAGGUGCCCACGGACAUCUCCUUGGGGCUGCUGGCAAUCUGGAGGCCCUUUUCACACUGUUGGCCUGCCGUCACGGUGUGCUACCACCAACGGUUAAUCUCGACAGCAUCACUGAUGAUAUGGCUGGUCUACGGUUCGUGGCUAAAACGUCGGAACCAUGGGACGAUGGACGAAGGCGAGUGGCACUGAAAAAUUCCUUCGGCUUUGGAGGAACCAACGCGUGCCUUUGCAUCGGCGAAUACCAAGAAUAAAGGUGCAGUUG